CGUCACUAUGUCACUAUAUAUCUCUACAUCUAUAUCUAUACACAUUUAGAAUAGAUUUUGUUACAUGAUGACUAGUAGUAGUUCCAAAUUAUGUUCCGACUUCCCAAGUGAAGAUACAGAAUAUCAGUCGGGUUUCGGCAACCACUUCUCAUCGGAAGCCAUCGCCGGAGCUUUACCUCACGGUCAAAACAGUCCCCUUGUUUGUCCCCUUGGUCUCUACGCCGAACAGAUCUCCGGCACUUCCUUUACCGCCCCUCGCAAGCAAAAUCACCGAAGUUGGCUUUAUCGGAUAAAGCCUUCAGUCACUCAUGAACCAUUUCAACCACGAGUGCCUAAACACGGGAAGCUGUUGAGUGAAUUCAGCCAGGUUAAUAGUGCUAUUAAUCCCACGCAAAUUCGAUGGAAACCUGUUGAUGUUCCAGAAGAACCAACAGACUUUGUCGACGGACUAUACUCUGUUUGUGGAGCUGGUAGUUCAUUUCUCAGACAUGGGUUUGCCAUUCACAUGUAUGCUGCAAACAAAUCAAUGGAGAACUGUGCUUUCUGCAAUGCAGAUGGUGACUUUUUGAUAGUUCCUCAAAUUGGAAGGCUGUGGGUCACCACUGAGUGUGGAAAGUUACAAGUGUCUCCUGGCGAAAUUGUAAUUCUCCCUCAAGGAUUCCGCUUUGCUAUAGACCUACCGGAUGGACCUUCGCGUGGUUAUGUUUCGGAGAUAUUUGGUACUCAUUUCCAGCUGCCUGAUCUUGGGCCGAUAGGUGCAAAUGGUCUUGCUUCUGCAAGGGAUUUCCUUGUUCCCAAAGCUUUUUAUGAACAAGAGUCUCGUCCAGGUUACACAAUUAUACAGAAGUUCGGUGGCGAACUUUUUACUGCAAAACAAGAUUUCUCACCGUUCAAUGUGGUUGCUUGGCAUGGAAAUUAUGCCCCCUACAAGUAUGAUCUUAGCAAGUUCUGCCCUUACAAUACAGUUUUGGUUGACCAUGGUGAUCCAUCAAUUAAUACUGUUCUAACCGCGCCGACUGAUAAACCUGGUGUUGCAUUGCUUGAUUUUGUCAUAUUUCCUCCACGGUGGCUGGUCGCUGAACAUACCUUUAGACCACCCUACUACCACCGCAAUUGCAUGAGUGAAUUUAUGGGUCUUAUUCAUGGAGGAUAUGAGGCAAAAGCAGAUGGGUUUCUUCCGGGUGGUGCAAGCCUUCACAGUUGCAUGACUCCUCAUGGCCCUGACACGAAAACCUAUGAGGCUACCAUUGCGCGUGGUAAUGAUGCAGGACCCCAUAGAAUAAAAGACACAAUGGCGUUCAUGUUUGAAUCUUGCCUGAUGCCUCGAAUCUGUCCAUGGGCUCUGGAAUCUCCUUCUGUGGAUCAUGAUUAUUACCAAUGCUGGACUGGACUAAAAUCUCAUUUUAUCCACAAUAAAGAGGACACAAGUUUAGAAAACGGACAUGCCAAAACUGGAGAAUAAAGUCGAAUCUUUUACGUUUCCAGUAUCAAUGUAAAGCUGGAAUGAUGAUGUUUUCCCAAAUGAAGUAAAUCUUGUAAAUUUCUGUAUUUAGAGGACUUUUAUGUACAUAAUCAUAAAGGGAUAGGUAUAUAGUAGGUAUAUAACAAUAAAUCGAAUUUGAAUAAAUUUAUCUAAUCUUACUAGCAA